CUGAACAAUUCUCUGAAAAACACUACUGCUGUCGCGUUGUUUGUCAAAGACCAUUGGUUUGGCUGGUUUCUCAAUUCGCUUGGAUUUACAUAAUUUCAAUUUUCGCCGUAGAAAAACGAUCGCUGGUGCAGAAUUUAGUGCAAUAGUGUUCACCAGCGCGGGACGAUGGCAGCACCGAUUGAAAUUCCGCUCCGGGAUACGGACGAGGUGAUUGAACUCGAUCCAGAGCAGCUGCCGGAGGGAGAGGAAGUUUUGGGAAUUCUGCGCCAAGAACGAUCACAGCUAAAUACUUGGGUUACCAUUGCUCAUGCGUACUAUAAACAGCAGAAAACAGAUGAUUUCAUCAAAAUACUGGAAGCAUCUCGCAUCGAUGCAAAUAUUUCAUAUCGAGAUUACGAGAAGGAUCAGAUGCGAGCGUACGACAUGCUGGCUGCGUUCUACGUCCAGGAGGCGAACAGAGAGAAGUCGAAGGAUAAGAAAAGGGAACUUUUCAUGAAGGCCACCCAUUUGUAUACUACGGCAGAUAAAAUUAUUAUGUACGAUCAAAACCACUUGUUAGGUCGUGCCUAUUUCUGUCUUCUGGAAGGCGACAAGAUGGAGCAGGCGGAUGCACAGUUUAAUUUUGUGCUGAAUCAGUCACCCUCCAAUAUUCCAUCGCUUCUCGGGAAAGCCUGUAUUGCUUUCAAUAAAAAGGAUUACCGAGGAGCGCUGGCUUUUUACAAGAAGGCAUUGCGCACUAAUCCCAAUUGUCCGGCGGCUGUUCGGUUAGGAAUGGGUCAUUGCUUUUUGAAAAUGAGCAAUCAAGAUAAGGCAAAAUUGGCCUUCCAAAGGGCACUUGAUUUGGAUCCGCAGUGUGUUGGAGCUUUAGUUGGUUUGGCUAUUUUGAAGCUCAAUCUUCAUGAGUCGGAAUCGAACAGAAUUGGCGUGCAAAUGCUAUCGAAAGCGUAUACUAUUGAUUCGACCAAUCCAAUGGUUCUGAACCAUUUGGCCAAUCAUUUCUUCUUCAAAAAGGAUUAUCAGAAAGUGCAGCAUUUGGCACUGCAUGCAUUCCACAACACGGAGAACGAAGCAAUGCGCGCGGAAAGCUGCUAUCAACUAGCUAGAGCUUUUCACGUGCAACGAGACUACGAUCAGGCUUUUCAGUACUACUAUCAGUCGACACAAUUCGCACCCGUUAACUUUGUUCUUCCCCAUUUCGGACUUGGGCAGAUGUAUAUCUACAGAGGUGAUUCGGAAAAUGCCGCUCAAUGUUUCGAGAAAGUUUUGAAGGCACAACCAGGCAACUAUGAAACGAUGAAGAUUCUCGGUUCGUUGUAUGCCAGCUCUUCGUCUCAAUCGAAGCGAGACAUUGCUAAAAAUCAUCUCAAGAAGGUAACCGAACAGUUUCCGGAUGAUGUUGAAGCGUGGAUUGAGUUGGCACAAAUUUUGGAACAAAAUGAUUUGUUGGGUUCGUUACAAGCUUACGCUACGGCGACGCACAUUCUAACCGACAAAGUGAAGGCGGAUAUCCCACCAGAGAUAUUGAACAAUGUCGCCGCGCUUCACUAUCGGUUGGGGAAUUUGAACGAAGCCAGGUCGAAGCUGGAAACUGCAAUUGAUCGCGCCAAAAUCGAGGGACAGCAUGAUUCGCAGUACUAUGAUUCGAUUUCUGUCACAAUGACCUACAAUUUGGCUCGACUGAACGAAGCAAUGGCAUCAUUCGAUAAGGCGGAUAAGCUGUACAAGGACAUUCUGAAAGAACAUCCAAACUACAUUGACUGCUAUUUACGGCUGGGCUGUAUGGCUCGUGACAAAGGUCUGAUUUUUGUGGCGUCCGAUUUCUUCAAGGAUGCUUUAAAAAUUAACAUGGAGAAUCCGGACACGCGUUCGCUUUUGGGUAAUUUGCAUUUGGCAAAGAUGCAGUGGACACUAGGUCAGAAAAACUUCGAAACUAUUCUGAAGAAUCCGGCUACCUCCAGCGAUGCUUAUUCGCUUAUUGCAUUAGGUAAUUUUUGGCUUCAGAGUUUACAUCAGCCUAGCAAGGACAAAGAGAAAGAGAAGAAGCACCAGGAGAAGGCACUUGCCAUCUAUAAGCAGGUUUUGAGAAAUGAUCCCAAGAACAUUUGGGCAGCCAACGGAAUCGGUGCGGUUUUAGCCCACAAGGGUUGUAUAAUCGAAGCAAGAGAUAUAUUUGCUCAAGUCCGUGAAGCUACGGCGGAUUUUGCUGAUGUGUGGCUGAACAUCGCACACAUUUAUGUCGAACAGAAGCAGUACAUUAGUGCGAUCCAGAUGUACGAAAACUGCCUGAAGAAAUUCUACAAACAUAAUAACGUUGAGGUGAUGCAAUAUUUGGCUCGGGCAUAUUUUCGCGCUGGGAAAUUAAAGGAAGCUAAAAUGACUCUGUUGAAGGCGCGUCGUGUUGCUCCCCAAGACACGGUGCUGUUAUUUAAUAUUGCGUUAGUGUUGCAACGGCUCGCGAUGAUGGUGCUUAGGGAUGAAAAAUCCAUACUGACCGUGGUUCUUCAAGCUGUGCAUGAGCUGGGAUUAGCUCACAAGUACUUCACUUAUCUUUCGGUCAAUGGAGACAAGACCCGUUACAAUAUUGCUUUAGCCGCUGCUGAGGCUGGACAGUGCCAGGAUCUGUUGCAACAGGCUCAGUACCAUGUGUCCCGGGCUAGAAAGAUCGACGAAGAAGAACGAUCGCUUCGGCAAAAGCAGGAACAGGAGCGUGAAGAGUUCAAACGUCGUCAAAUUGAGGAACGCACUCGCAUGGAGGAAAUGCGUCGUAAGGCUCACGAAGAGAUGCUUUUGAAACGGCAGGAGUACAAAGAGAAGACAAAGAAUGCGCUGUUCUUUGCCGAUUCUGGACCAGAACCCAAGAAGAAAGGUGGCCGUGGUCGGAAGGAUUACAUCUCGGACUCGGAUGCGUCUGGACCAGGUGGUAGUGGCGGAGAUGAAGGUGCUCCAUCGAAAGAACGGAAACGCAAAGAACCAGGAGAGAAAAAGAAACGCAAGCCCGGUGGUGGGCGUAAGAAGAAGGAGAAACCGGCGAAAAAUUUCGGCUCAGAUAGCGAUGAGGAUACGGCACCGAAGAAACGUGGUCGCAAGAAGGGUUCUAUGACGGCUAAGAAACAAAAAGAUUUGGAUGAUGGGCUUUCGCAGAAACAGAAAUCUAGAAUUGUUUCCAAGGCAACGGUAUCGACAAGUGAGUCCGAUAGCGACAGAAGUAGACUCAAGAUUGCUAGUGGCGAUGAUUCUGGCUCUGGCAACAGUGAACCGGCAACUAAACGGAAACGUCGCAUCGCUUCCGGUUCUGAAAGUGGCUCAGAUAAGUCCCGAUCCCGUUCUCGAUCGGUUUCGCCGGCCGGAUCCAGAUCUCGUUCCAAGUCUGGAAGUCGUAGUCGGAGUGCUUCCCGUUCGGUCUCUCGAUCCAAGUCGAAAUCCGUUAGCCGAUCGCGCUCCCGAUCCAAAUCUGGCAGUCGUUCACGGUCCGGGUCAAGAUCCAGAUCUGGAAGCCGAUCACCAUCUCGAUCAAGGUCUCGUUCUGGAUCGGGUAGCCGACAAGCAUCUCCAAUUUCGAGAAAGUCAGUAUCGGGAUCUGGCUCUGAUUAAACUGCGCAUCAUAUAAAAUCGAUGAAUUGAGACGUCUGUUUUAAGAUUAUUUCGAGCUGGAUGAAUAGUGGGUAAAAAUAUGAUACGGCGAUAGGUACCCUACAUAUAAUCUAUUUCUUUUGUCUGCAACCAUGAUUCGGUUCAGUGUUCUUCAAGUUAAAUGAUGUUCAAUAUUGUGUAAAAUUGUAAUGAUCAUUUUGAAUAAAAAUUUAUGAAACGCAAA